CCCAUCGCCUACGCUCCCGCCCCCGUGGCCUACGCCGCCCCCGCAGUCGCCAAGGUCGCCGUAGCCGAGCCUAUUGCCCAUCCCCGGUACGCCUUCAAGUACGGCGUGCACGACGCGCACACCGGGGACGUCAAGAGCCAGGCGGAGGAGCGCGACGGCGACGUGGUGCGUGGCGAGUACUCGUUGCUGCAGCCCGACGGCACCACACGGACGGUGCACUACACGGCCGACAGCCACAACGGCUUCAACGCCGUGGUGUCCAUCAGCGGCCACGCCGCGCACCCCGUCACCCCCGUCAAGGUGGCCGCCCCCGUGGUGCAGCAGGUGGCCGUCCAGGCCGUCCACGCGGCGCCGCAGUACGCGGUGCAGACCGUGCACCAGGCGCCGCAGUACGCCGUGCAGACCGUGCACCAGGCGCCCGCCGUGCUCUCCCUCGGCCACGGCGGCCUGGGCCUCGGCCACGGUGGCCUCGGCGGCAUCAGCCUCGGCGGCCUCGGCGAGUACGGAGGACAUUAUUGAGUCUCUAGUGUUCCUAUGAGGUCUAUGUGCCAAGACACGAGCAGGCCUGCGCCAGCCCCCGCAGUGCAGCGGCUGCUGCUCGAAGUCCUCGCCUACCUGACGAGCCCCGUGCAAGCGCGAGCUCUUCCUCGGGGGGCCCGCUGCGCUCGCCCUGGACUUUGACAUUCAGGUUGACUACUGCCCUCUCCUCCCGUGGCGCCGCAGCCGCUCCAGUCAACUGGCUCCGGUCUCCAGCGGAGGUCAAGUGCCUGUCUGGAAGAGCCAGCAACAAUGGGCGGAAAAGGGGGGGGGGAUGAUUUAUUCUCAUUUGAAGGGAACUAAACGAAAAGAAAACCAAAAUAAAGCUGUGUUGCCAAAUCAUAGUGA